AGGCUAGGUCGGGGUCGCAGAAAAUAGCUCUGAAGUUUGGUUCACCCAUUUUAUUUCUUUACUGUGUGCCAUUGGAGGUCUGCACCACCGACACUGGACUAUGACAACGACCGAUCCCAGCGGAACUGCAUCUUCCUGAAUCGUCGUCGUCUUCCGACGUCGUCGGGCCCUGCCGCAGCAUGAGCGGCAGCGGUGGCGACGCGGCCCCCAACGGCAGUGCCGGGGGCGCCCCACCAUCACUGCCGGCAGCCGCCAUGACGUCCUCGACGAGCUCCAACGCUGGAGGCGGCGGCUCGUUGCGACCCCCGAGCAAGCUUCGACGUCCCACCACCCUGACCAGCUCGACGGCGACCACAGCGGCGACCACGACGACGAACGCCACGGGUCCGUCCCCCAUGAGCAGUGGUGGGUCGGGCGCCAGGACCCCGCUGUCGGCGGCCUCUUCCAUGUCCGCCCUCAACGAUAAGUCCGAGACGGGCGGCCCGUUCAACCACGGUUCGGCGGACGACUUCAUCGUGGGCGACCGCGUGUGGGUGAACGGCACCCGUCCGGGCUACAUCCAGUUCCUGGGCGAGACGCAGUUCGCCACGGGAGACUGGGCGGGCGUGGUGCUGGACGAACCCGUGGGCAAGAAUGACGGAUCGGUCAACGGCGUCCGCUACUUCCAGUGCGAGCCACGGCGCGGAGUGUUCGCGCGGCCCGAGCGCCUGUCGCGCUUUCCGGGACCCGGCGCCAACGGCACCAACACCACCGCCACGCUCAUGGGACCCGGAAAGACGCAGGUGACUACCACACGAGUGAGCUCCCCUACAGGAAGCACCCGGUCUUCGCCACGGGCGAUCACCAUGCACACGUCGACCACGACUACCGACUGUGGUCUGCGGGUUGGCGACCGUGUCAUAGUGAACGCCUCCUCGGGCAUGAAGGCCGGCACUCUGCGCUUCAUCGGACCGACGGAGUUCGCCACCGGGCAGUGGGCUGGCGUGGAGCUGGAUGACCCAGUCGGCAAGAAUGACGGAUCCGUUGCUGGAAAGAAGUACUUCAGGUGCCUGCCGCGGCACGGCCUGUUUGCGCCCCUGCACAAGGUGGCCCGCGAAGGGGGCCACACUUCGACCACGACAACGACGACCACGCGCACCACGCGCAUCACCUCGCAGCCGCGGCGUGCAGGUAGCCAAGAAUCGCUGCGCAGCUCCCUGAGCUCGGCCUCCGCCAGAGCCGGGGUAAGGCUGGGCGUCGCUGCACUAACCUCCCCUGCCAAGAAGUCUACUAAGCCACUCACCUCACCCAUGGUAGCGUCACAGAACUCCCUACAGGUGGCUCUGAAAGAAAAGGAAGAACAUGUGGAGCAACUGCUUAAGGAGCGUGACCUUGAAAGGGCAGAGGUCGCCAGGGCCGCCGUACAAGUUGAAGAGACGGAGCAACAGUUGGCAGCUCUCCGCACGGAACACCAGUGCUACGUUGAGGAGAUGGAGCAGCGAGCUGCGUCUCUCCACCAGCUUUUGGAGGAGCACGAGCAGGAGCGAGCACGACUCAAUGCGCUGAACUCAGACCUCCAAAGGAAAGUGGAAGACCUGCAGUUCCGUCUGGAAGAACAGGAAAUCUUGCAUUCGGACAACGAUACUGCAGCUACUGCACAAGCGGAGCAAAUUUCCCACCUUGAGAAGCAGCUGCAGGAGUACAAGGAUCAGCUGGAAGCAGCCAAACUACAAAGCAGUGCUCAGGACGAUGGCAUGCAACAGCUCAUGGUGCAGUACAAAAGUGAGGUGCAGAACUUGAAGGAAGCCCUGAGCCAAGCCGAAUCCAAGCUGGCCGCGUUUGAAGCUAAGCAGAUCGAAGACGGAUGCACGAUAGCCAAGCUGCGGGAAGACCUCAUCUCGAGGGACGAGGCACUUCUUCGGCUGGAGGCCUCCCUGGAGCAGAAGUCCAAGGAACUGCUCGGUCUCAGGGACAAGGCGGUUGAGCUCGAGGAAAACCUGCAGGCUUUGAAGGAAAAGGACGAAAACCAGCAGCAGGUCAUUGAAGAUCUGAACAGCAGGCUAGCAAAGGUGCAGACAGACUACGACUUCCUGAGCGAGGAAUCCCAGAUAAUCAAAAGUGAUGCUGCAGACCAGCAGCGGCUAGUCUCCUCUCUGGAGGAGCAGUGCAAGCAGUUACAGGCCCAGAAGCUUGCCCUGGAGGAAGAGAUGGGCACAAUCCGGUUGGCCGCCAGCGGAGGCUCCAGCCAGGUCGAAGAGCUCAACAGCCGGUUGCAGGAGAAGGAGAGGCUAGUGGAAAGCCUGGAGGCCCAGGUGCGCACCCUGUCCCAGGAAGGUGACAAGGCAAGGCAGGAGGUGGCCCAGCUCACCGAGAGGCACCAGUCUGUGGUUGAGCGCACCACGGCCGAGCACGACCGCGAGAUUGCCUCAUUGCAGCAGAGGCUGACUGACCUGGAGGGCAAACUGGAAGAGCGGGUUCAGCGGUGCCGGACUUUGGAGCAGUCCAACAAUGAAGCCCAGGUGGAGUUGGAGAGCCAGGUGCGGUCGUGGCAGGACAAGCUGGCUGCCGCAGAGCAACAGGCCCAGAGGCUCACCCAGGAGAUCGAACAGACGCGAGAACUUCUGGCCGAAGAGCGGCGCCUGCGCGACGCCCAGAGCCAGGACCUGGGUUCAGAGGCCUCCGAGCGUGAACGCCAGCUGGUAACUGCCCGGGCGGAGAUGGAACGCCUCAAGGCCGAGUUCGACGCUCACCGCGAAGACCUGGCACACCAAAUCACCGAGACCAGAGAGCAGGAGGCCCGUGCUGUGGAAGAACUUCGGCGCGAAAUGGAGAGCCAGAUAAGCGUCAUCAACGAAUUGCGGCAACUCCUCUCCAAAGCAGAAGAGGACAGGCGGACCCUCGCGGAACGCAACACGCAGCUCGAGGAGCAGCUGACACAGGCCAGUGCCGCACAGCAGAAGGCCGAUGACGGCAGCGCAGCAGAGAUCAAGGCACUCAAAAGCCAGCUCGAGAACCUGCAAAACAGGGAGCAGCAGCUUUCCCAGGCCAGGGAAGAGCUGCGGACCAUGUUGGAGCAGGCCAAAGGCAGGGCGGAGGAGGACCAGCGCAAAUUCAGCCAGAUGUCGCAAGAGGUGUCUCAACUGGAGUCGGAGUUGGAGCGCAACCGGUCAGUCCGAGAGCUGCUGCAGAAAGUGCAGGACGAGAAGCAUCAGCUCGAGGCUAAGGUGGCCGAGCUUAAAGCUCUGGCAGCUGCUGCUUCAGCUUCAGCUCUCAACGGCAAGGCAUCUGUUCCUGCAGCAGCCCCUGAUGUCAGUGCCGCACGUUCGACAGAAGGAGGAGGUGGUGACCUUGCACUCAAGGAAGAGAGAGACAGUCUUCAGAUGCAGGUGGACUUCCUCAACUCUAUAAUUGUGGACAUGCAACGAAAGAACGAUGAUCUCAAGACGCGCGUCGAGAUUCUAGAGGCGGGCCCUACUCUCGACGACAUCGACAUCAACCUCAAUGGCAUCAAAGCUCCCGUGCCGCCGCGCCUGUUCUGCGACAUCUGCGACCGUUUCGACGUGCACGACACGGCCGACUGCCCCAUCCAGUGCAGCAUCGACGAAGAGAUGACGACGCACAGUCACCAUGGCUCCCCCAGGCGCUCGAGUCGGCCCUACUGUGACGUCUGCGAAAUGUUUGGGCACACGAGCACGGAGUGCGACCCUAGUGAAACCUUUUGAGUGUGGCAUCGUUGGCGUAGAAUUUCUUUAGGACUGUGGACUUGCCGCGAUUUCUUUCUUGGAGCAUGCGAACAGGUGUGACUGUCUCUGUCCAUGCCGUUCGAGAGUCAAGGCCACAAGGGUUAGUGCUGUUGUGUGGUCUGAUUACACUGGGGUUAGUGCAGAAAAUGUGACUGCUACGAUUGCCUUCUAAGUGCGUAGCUGUUACGUUCAAAUAGGUGUAUAUCACCGUUCUCAGUUAGCGCACAGAAAAGUUGCUGUUUGUAAUUGUUACACGUAGCAGCACAAGAGCGAGCUUUGGGGAUUUUUUGAAGUUUGUAUUCUUGGUCCUAUUUUUCCUCUUUUUUUUUGCAUUAGCUCAUGCACAGUUUUAAAAUCUAAUGUGUUUGCUAGGUACACUGUUCCACGAUGAGCAGUGUUGAGCUUAGUAAAAUAUUUUAUGGGGCACUCACCAAACCCUCUACUGUUGUAUAGAGAGUCAGAUGUGUGCGCACAACGAAUUUUGUAGUUUUUUUACCCUAUCUUCAUUUCGGUCACUAUGGCAUUGACAUUUCUUCUGUGAAUUUGUUUUCCCAACGAAUUGUAGGUCAGCGAGAUGUUUUAUUACACGUGCGAGAGUUGUUGUCGUCCCACACUUUAGAUGGCAUCGUUACUUUUCAGGCUACCUAUGUAUGGCCGCAUUGUAGAUACUGUAAACACGCAUUAUUAGCUCGUUAUCUGAAGAAACUUUGGGUGAGCUUUAAAUAUUAAGCACCUCUUGUGAACUUCGACACGAGGAGAGCUACGUACAAGCCGCUUCCAUUAACGUGAUGUUGAUAAGUAUGCCGGGAUGUUAUGGUACCGUGUACAGUUUAUAUAAGGGUGCAAAAGUCUACGAGUGAAGCUGUUUGUUACAUUAGCAGAUGUUGUCCUCCUUGUGCAUAAUAAGAUGGCACUGAGGUGCUCUUGCGUGAAAUUUCGUGGCACUGACACGUUUCUCCAAGUACGUAUGCACGCUUAUGUUUACGAGGUGUUGCAACUGCUAGGCAAGUGAAUUGCCUCCUGCACGAAUCAACAAACCCAUGCUCAUCGAUUCUGCACCUACUACACUGAAGGAGAAGUGGGCAGGCAUAAGUGCCAAUGUUGAACUGCGGAUGAAAUUGUCUUGAAGUGUUGAUAAAUAUAGGUUCAGCGGUAUGACAAACCAUGUUGCACUAAUUUUCCAAGUGCUGCGCUGCCGUCCAGGUCUGUUUUUGACCUAUCUUGCUGAUGUUAAUGACGCUUGCAAGAUUUAUUUACUGAUGGACAGUUGGGCUACGAAACAUUGAAGACUGAAAAUGCCUUCUGGCUAAUUGUUUCUCGUAGUUACAGAGUAAACUGUUUGUAAAAUUGUGUUAGAACUGUGGUUCAAUGCCUUCAAUGCCUGAUCAGCUUUCAUUGCGCCUGUAAUAUUCAGUGUUAUGUUGGAUUUAAGAAUGGGUAUGGCUUGAGCAAAUAAUUUUUAUCUUCUAGCUAUACGACUUAGCUUUGAGCUAUAAGCUUAGCUUUAUGUUAGUUCAUGUUAGCAACAGAAAAAAAAAUCAGUGGGGUUGGCUCUUGAAGUUUCUAAGCCACCUAAUUUGGAAGCUCAGAGGCUCAUGUUUGAGACUGUUCUGUAUCGUCGUCCACCAAAACGAUUCCGUUAACAGAUUUCAGUAAUAUUUGUGGACAUAUAUAACCAACGCCUUUAAAGAGAAAUUGAUCUGUAGGUGUUUGAGAAUGUUUAGUUGUUUAAUUUUCUCAUUUUAAUACGUGUAAUAGUUACAUUGUCUGAAAAAGUUUUACUUGAAGUAAUGUGUGCACUGUAGGCAACUAUGUGAAAACUUUUGACCGCUUGACCAUUCACAACCAAUAGGAAAGUCGCAGAAACAUGCGUAAUUCUGCAUAAUGUUUUGGCUCACUCUUUGAUGUUGUAGAAUGGAACAUCUACGUUAUGUGGAAAGUGUCACAAUAGAUCUAAAAUUCUAAACACAUUUACGGAUUUCUACGGCCUGCAAGCACAGUGCAUUACUCCCUUUCAACGUUAAACUGGGAUGUCACACUUUAUAGGCACAAAAUGUCGAAAUACACCAUUCACUGAAGCUUUAUGUUCGUUAGUUGUAAUGGACAUCAUUAUUUAUAGAAAGCGUCACGUAUAAAAAAACGGCUGAACUGUGUGGUGCACCGUUCCGUUGUUUUGCUUAGAAAAAAGCUUUUUUUUUUAUUGUUUGAUUUGUAGAGACUUGAAUACCUUUAAAGAUGCACUGCUGUUUUCAUGUAGCCACUUAAAAAAAAUACAAUUUUGGGCAUCGGAGGGUCAAGGCAGCUUUGUAAUGACUAAGCUCAUCUUCACUUUCUUGUAGUCACAGUUUCUACAUAUUGCCACUGUUUUCACUGUUCAAGCUUUGCUGUUCAUAAAAUUUGCUUGCGCUCAUCUGAACGCGCUUAUUUCCUGCCAUGAGAUGCUUUGGUUUGUCGGUAUUUUCAUUCAGAUCAUGUGAGCAAAAGACACCCACUUUUGGCUAGUGCAGCUGCGAGCAAACACAAAUUUUCGCACAUUUAUUGCAACGACCGUCCACGUACUAGUCGCUACGGUGGCACUUUUGCUGUUCUAAAGAGGAGUUCCUGUUUAUGUGUGCACAAAAUGUGUUCUCAGAGUCAUUUGUGCACUAAAAUAAAGUUAUUUACCAGUCUAUUAUUUUGUUUUUGCAUAGGCGUUACAAAGUGAGAAGUUGAUACACCAACAGAAUAAAGCCCAGCCUUUCAACGCAUUUUGCCAGUGGAGCUAACACCACAUCUUGCUUUUUUCACUGCAGAAACAAUAGAAUUUAGUUAAUUUGGCCUAAAAUUUAGAAAUAAGAACCCAGCGAUACCAAUGGCUGUUAAAAGGUGACAUUUCCAAGUGUUUAUUGUGUCACGUCAAGACUGUGCGACAGCAUGGCCACGUGCAAUUCCUGCCCACUUUUUCUAUGCUUGUAAUGGCAAUUUUAGGAGCACAGGUUAAGUCAAAUGAUGUUUCUCUUACAUGCACAUUGCAACUUUUUAUGCAUGUAAAAAAACUUUUUGUUUCUACUGCUGUUCAGGUUCAUGUCGUUACAGUUGCCUGCUACAUCUGAAGAAGCCAUGCGUCCCCGUUUACCUUAGCUUAGUGAUAUGAAAGCUGUAAUCUAACUGGCUUGGCUUGUUGCAAUAUUGAAUGACUGCCUUGGAGUGCCUUGUGAUAGCGCAGGUAUCUGUUCCACACAAAAUGGGUUAUAAUCUUUUUAAGGCAUGUAUAAUUUCAUUAAUGAGCUGUGUCGUUACUUGGUUGUCCAAACAGCAUCUUUCACUGCUGCAUGUGUCACGGUAAUCGUGUUGUUUCCGUCAACAGUGUGAGCGAUUGUGGCAACAAAAAAUGCUGUGUACUCCUUUAGAUUGCUGAUUUUACAGAUUAAUGUUUACACAAUGUGUUCAGUUUUUGAGGUGCAAAUGUUGACAGUUAUGUGUGCUGAAGUUUUGAAUUAAAGGAAUAUUUUUAGCAAAUUCAUUAUUCAUAUGACUCCUGCUGCUUCAACCUGAUGUCACACCUGAACAAUGCAUUGUUGAAAAGUUGCCAUAGUUUCUUUUUGUUAACUUCGUAUAUAUACUUGCAUAUCCCAUAUUUCUUGUUAAACCAAUUAAGUUAUACGAAUCACCCGAACUAGGGUGUACAACUUCUUACAGCCACGUUGCCACAAGAUAUUAAGGCAGAUGCAGCUGGAUUGAAUUGUUGUCCACGUUGAACUUGUAAAAUUCCCUCGAAAGUGUCAUGCAGAUGUGUAACAAUGUACUGCUCAUAUACCGAAACUUUUUACCAUUGAUUUCGAUAUAUUGACCACUGCAUUACACUGCAACAAUGCAAGUCCUCUUCUUCAAAUGGUAUGGCACAAUCAUUUUUCACGUCAUUGGGAGUGUCGUGGCAAUUAAGCAGUACUGUUUUCGCAGGUUUUGAUUAACAGUGUAUUGAACCUGAAGGGAAUUUGUUAAGAGAAAUAGUAAGCCAGGUGAUGUCACCAAUUUGAAUGGCUGAUGCAGCAAGAAUCCUAAUUGCACUCUCCAUAAUGACCGAUUGGAUUUAGUAAGCUUC